AUCCUUACUUAGGAUAGUUGCUGCUCUGAUUGGGCCGACGCGGCUUCCGUCGCCGUGCACUUCUCUUGUUUUGAUUCCUGGCGGUCGCAAGUAAGAUGGCGGCGGCGCUGGAGCGGGUGAGAAUUUCCGCCUCCGACUUACGGGAUAUCUUGGCAGCUGGAGAGAGUGUGAGGAGCGCAGACAGUAUGAAAGAGAUUAAAGAGCCCAGAGUGAGAAAAGGGUACAGGCGUCCAGACAUUGAGAUCUACAAACCAGGGCUGUCCAGGUUGAGGAACAAGCCUAAAAUAGAUGUGGCUGGAGAGGAUGAUAACCAUUUUAAAGAAUACAGAAGUGAAGAUUGUACAGAGAAGCAGCCCUCAAUGGUAAAUGGUGGAAGCGUUUCAUCUGUCAUUGAGGAUCACAGAAAAGAUGCCGGGGAUCUAGCACAGAAUGGCCUUUCAUGUGGGUUCUCAGAAGAUCAAGAUCGAAAAGUUACAAAAAGAACCAAGAAACCAGACAAACAAAUAUACCAAGCUGGAAGACGAGGGCACCUUCCUGUGAAAGAAUUGAUGAGUGAAGCCACCAAAGAAGACUUCAUAAGAAAAACAGAAAAGCUAAAAAUUGUCGAUGAGGAAGAGCAUGAAAAGUGUAUGACAAAAGACUCAAAGCCAGCAAAUUAUGCCUUGUCUCGGGAUAAUGGGAACACAACCAACAAGGAUGAGAAAUGGAGGAAGAAUGAAAAAGAGAGAACUAAUAAGGCAGUUGAAGACUUGGUCAUGGCAAAAACUGAAGACGAUGAGAGGAAGAUUGCCUCUACCAAAAGAUAUUCCCAUUCUGAUAAACGCAGGACUCGCACCCGAACCUGUAGCACAAGUUCUGCUGGUAGUAACAAUAGCAGUGAAGAUGCUCUUCUGACAGAUGUAAUGAAGGUUCGUCAAGACAGGACAAAGCCAGUUGGAGAUCGACGGGACAAAGGACGCUUAAAGAAACAGGUGUCUCUUUCUUCAACUGACUCCUUUGAGGAAGAUGUUAGUGAAUACUUUGAAAGUUCUCUGUCAAACCGUUACCGGGAAAAAAAGAAGCACCUUCCAGGAGACAAGGGCCUGGUGGCCAAGAGCAGUAGUGAGAGGAGGUCAGUAAGCAGGGAUAACACAGAAAAGAAUUCACAUGUAGAAUCUUCACUACGAGCUAGCAGAAAUGAAGAAAAUAACAGGAGAAGAGGUGGGAGAGCUGCUCGUCCCCAUAGUUCUGACACGGGAAAGGAACAAGUUAGGGAGAAGUCAGCUGAACCAACAGGCAAAGGAAGGGGCAUCCUCAUCCUACCUGCCAAUACAGACUUGUCAUCCAAUUCUGCUGUAGAAGCAAACCACAAUAGCACAAAGCCUCUCUUCAUUCCCAAUGGCAACAAAGGGCUUCGUGGCAGAGGGCGUGGUGGUGGUAAUCGCCGAUUAUGGGACCCAAACAACCCUGAUCAGAAACCUGCUCUUAAAAAUCAAAGUUCUCAGCUUCACUUUCUGGAUACCGAUGACGAGACUUCUCCUACCUCGCAGGGUGAAGCUUAUCAGUCUCUUAACCAGCCCUCAUAUUACAAGUUUCAAAACUCUGAUAACCCGUACUACUACCCACGCUCCCCAUUUACCUAUGGUGGUUUCUCAAUGCCCUAUUCUGUGGGUACUAGUAAUGGCAUGUACCCAGGUGCAUAUUACCCUGGAUUUCCACCCCAGCCUGGGCAAUUUGCUUCUGGGCCAUAUUCUGGUAGCCCCUUAACUCCAGAAGAGAUGGAGCACCAGGUGAGGACUCUGCAGCAUCAAGAACUUAAUCGUAUGCUUAGAAUGGCCGAUAACCAGGAGCUUCAGCUUAGCAACCUUCUAUCUCGUGAUGGGAUGAGCACAGAGGGGCUGAAUAGAAUGGCUUCUCUAAGGUCAGAGCUGUUACAGGUGUAUGAACGCUGCCUCCUAUCAGAUAUAGAAUUCUCUGACCAGCAUAAUGUGGAUCAGUUACUCUGGAAGAAUGUCUUCUACCAAGUCAUUGAAAAGUUUAGGCACUUCUUAAAGGAGACAUCCUCUGAUAGUGAAGAAAUCCGCCGGAAACUGCUUCAAGUUUUGGAUGAAGGUACAGCAUUCUUUGACAGCCUCCUGCAAAAGCUGCAGGUCACAUAUCAAUUUAAAUUAGAGGAGUAUAUGGAUGGCAUGGCAAUCCGUAGUAAGCCUUUGCGUAAAAUGGUUAAGUUUGCAUUGAUUAGUGCACAGCGCUGUAUGAUCUGUCAGGGUGACAUAGCCCGUUACAGAGAGCAGGCAGCAGAUACCAGCAACUAUGGGAAAGCUCGCAGCUGGUACCUGAAAGCUCAGCAGAUUGCCCCCAAGAAUGGCCGACCUUACAAUCAGCUGGCUCUCUUGGCUAUCUAUACUAGACGGAAACUGGAUGCAGUAUAUUACUAUAUGCGCAGUCUGGCUGCCAGCAAUCCCAUACUGACUGCUAAAGAAAGUCUCAUGAGCUUAUUUGAGGAGACCAAAAGGAAGGCUGACCAGCUGGAACAAAAGCAGCAGAAAGAGAGAGGAGUCAGCCACACAAGUGACGAUACCACACGUUCAGAGAUCUGGAUCCACCCCAUACGCCGAGGGAGGGAGUCCGGGGAAUGUGAUGCUCUUGACGCUCUAAGUCCAAGUGAUCUGAACAAACGCUUCCUGCUCAGCUUCCUGCAUGCCCAGGGGAAGCUCUUCACCAGGAUUGGGAUGGAAACAUUUCCCCUGGUGGCAAAGAAGGUACUAAAGGAGUUCCAGGCCUUGCUUCAGCACAGCCCAUCCCCGAUCGGCAGCACCCGCAUGCUACAGCUCAUGGCUAUUAAUAUGUUUGCUGUCAACAAUUCCCAGAGCAAAGCUGGCCAAGCUGAGGGCUCGUGCUCUGUGGUACAAGAACAAGCCACCUCUCUGGGUCUUUCUAUGUUUUCCCUGCUGGUGUGCAGAUGCAUUCAGCUACUAAAUGUCCAAAAAAAAGCCCACUGUCCUAGAGGAAAAGGACAAUCUAUGGAGGAGGAAGAAGAUGAUGAUAUUAAAGUGUCCUCCUUCAUUCCUGAUUUAAAAGAGCUACUUCCCAGUGUAAAAGUGUGGUCAGACUGGAUGCUGGGCCAUCCGGACACAUGGAACCCUCCACCCAACUCACUCGCUGAUCUCAAAGAGCCUGCGCUGGACGUUUGGGGAGUGUUGGCAGAGUUUUGUAACGCUUUGACCUCUGUGAACCAGUCCGAGGUCCCUCUUUAUAAAGACCCUGAUGAUGAUCUUUCACUCCUUAUCCUGGAAGAAGAUCGGCUUCUCUCUGGCUUUGUCCCACUCCUGGCUGCCCCUCAGGAGCCAUGCUACGUGGAGAAGACCUCAGACAAGAUUAUUGCUGCGGAUUGCAAGCGGGUCACAGUCCUGAAAUAUUUCCUGGAAGCAUUGUGCGGACAAGAAGAGCCUCUGCUGGCAUUCAAGGGUGGAAAAUAUGUGUCAGUGGCACCCGUCCCAGACACCAUAGGAAAGGAAACAGGAAGCCCAGAGGGAAACCAAAUGGAAGAUCAGGAUGAUGUAGUGAUUGAAGAGUAUGAAGAGGAUUCAGAGCCGGAAAGCAGCGGGGCAGAGCAUGAUUUCAGAGAACUUCGAGCCAAGAAACAGGAGCUAGCAAGAAAGGUUGAGGAGCAAAAACGUCGUCAGCAGAAGAUUCAGGCUGUCCUGGAUGGAAAGACAAGACUCCUGCAAUUGGAAAUCUGUCCCUUGUUUCUUGUGCCGGACACAAAUGGAUUUAUUAACCACCUUCCUGGCCUUGAGCACCUCUUGUCCUGCCAGAUAUACAUCCUGGUCAUACCUCUUAUAGUUAUCCAUGAGCUAGAUGGCCUUGCAAAGGGUCAAGAGUUUGAUCAGCGCAAUGCAGACCAUGCACGGGCACUUCAGGAGAAAGCAAGAAAAGCCAUUCAGUUCCUGGAGCAAGGUUUUGAGGCUCGUGACCCCUACCUGAGAGCACUUACUAGCCGUGGGAAUGAGCUGGACUCCAUCGCUUUUCGCAGUGAAGAUAUCUCUGGACAGAAGGGUAACAAUGAUGACCUUAUACUAUGCUGCUGUUUACAUUACUGCAAGGACAAGGCAAAGGAAUUCAUGCACUCAAGGAAAGAUGAACCCAUUCGCUUAAGAAGGGAAGUUGUUCUUCUUACUGACGACCGCAACCUCAGAGUAAAGGCUCUGACACGGCAUGUCCCUGUCCGUGAUAUCCCGGCAUUCCUCAAGUGGGCCAAAGUGGGGUGAAGCAGAUUUCUCUUGGAGAGGAAGAAUCCUUGUGUGCAAGAAAAUAGAAGAAUAUACAGUGUGUGACCCAAAGGGGCAAGAGGUCGUUACAGGAAGCCCUGAUAAAACAACCAACCUCCCCCUGCCAAACCACACACACAUGCGCUCCAGGCUCCAACCCACCAUCUGCAAUAAACUAAAGCAAAAAUGUCCCAUCAAGCACCCUCUAUCAUACGAGCACUGUGAGCUAUGUGUUAGUACAGAAUGGUGGGGGGAGUACACAAUCAUGGGGAUUGUCUGUGUGUGUUGGAUCUUAGUGGUCAGAGGGAUGCCGAUAUAGAGGGGUGAACAUUCACAGCAGGAAGUUACUGAAGAACUCUCCCAUCCUUUUCUCUUGCCUAUGACAAAGCUCCCACUUUGCUCUAGCGAGGCUUGACCCCCAUUGGGUUUAACAGAAUUGUAGGCCUCACUAGCAGCAAAAUGUUAUCCUUUGCUUCUCUGCACCCAUUUCUAAGAGCCUUUAUCUUGUGUUCUUCUAUGCUAUUUUAUAAUUACGUUUUUAGUUUAUGUUGUGUUUUUUUAAUAUGCCUUUAUAUAGUAAGAUCAUCAAGCUUGAUGUAUGGGGUAAGAGUGUGGUGAAGAAUUUGUAGCUUUUACUCCGCUGCCUUCUAAUUUUUAUUUUAAGAUCUCUGAUCUGAGAGAUGUAUAUUGUUUUCUUCAUUCCUCUGAUUUUAGGCAUCUUCUCUUUAGCUUCCUAUUAGCUUGUGGUGGGAGAGACUUGGAUUGUGUGUUUCCCAUUUUGGCAGCCAGAAAUAUUCCUCGCCCAUUGGGUGCAGGGAGACGCUUUGGAGGUGCGGCCAUUAGGUAACAGAGAUAUGGGGCUUUAAAAAGAAUAGAUUGAUGUUCUUCCGCUUCUUGACCGAAAGCAAGCACUGUACACACCAGGUUACACAGAUGUUCUCGGCAGGUUUCCCUGGCAGUGAAUGAGCUCAGCAGUUUCUGUCAUUGCUGGCCAAGACUUGACAUCUGAAAAUCCUAAAAGUCUUCUUUAGGUCCUGAUGUCAUCCUUUCCCCUAAUUCUUUAUAAGAUCAGUCUGUGGGGAUAAAGGAAGAGAGCAGCCACAUGGGCCUAACUACAUCCUCUUUGGCCUCCCUGUUUGCUUGACGUUUAACCCUUUAUCAAACCCAGAAGAUGCUGAAAAUGUAAGACCGGCACAUUUUGGGCAAGUAAAGGAAUUUUAGUGUUCAUUGCACAAAUACACAAACUGUGUUAAUAUCUGUCAGGCAGCAUUAAAGUGGGGAUAGGUCUGAUAAUAUAUGAACAGGAGAAUGCGUGCUACACAGCUAAGUGGCUUCAACUGUAUGUUGUGCUAGGGAUAGGGUGGGUAUGAAAGAGUUGAAGGUUCAUAAAAGUACUCUGAAAAAGUUUUAGUUGUCAAAUAUGGAGGGUUUUUUGUUGUGUGUGUUUUUUUUUUCCCCGACAUUUUCUUGUGUAUAUAAUUUGUGUGCUUCAUAAGAUAAAUAAGAAAAGUCCAGGUGAAUUUAUGGUGCCAUAUGUAGAUCGUUUUAUCUCACCCUUUGAUGGCUACUUAUACAUGAGAAACAAUGUUUCUACUAUGGAAGAAACAAAAUGCUAUAGUAAUACUGCAGAAAAUAUAUAUGUGUGGCUGUUAUAUUGUCCACCCUUCAAGAGCUUUCCUCUGUAUGCGGAUUUGCCUAUUACUUCACCAUUAUGAGCAUUUCCUGUGUAGUGUUGCACAGACAUAUAGGUGUGAUCCCAUACAUUGCAAUUAUCUGUCAACGCUUUAACAGUCCAUUACAUAUAUAUAUUUCCCUAUAUGAUUACUUUUGUUACCAUCUAAAGAAAUCUAUAUCCUGUUAAAGUUUGGUUUAGCUUGUGUUUGUGUGCCAUGGAGUAUUGGGGCACUGUAUGUUUGCACAAAGCAUACCAUCUCUCUAUUAGCUGCUAUAUUAUUUGAUUUGACUUAUGCAAACUUGUAAGAUACAGUUAAUCCCCUAAGCGCUGACCCUACAUGGAUGGUGCAUCAUUAUGCUGGUUCAUGGCAAGAGUUUCCUUUCUGCAGACUUUCAUCUCAAAGCAAUUUUUAGGGAAGCGUGAUAAUGGCACCUUUCAUGGAUAACCACUAGGUGUUUUGCUCUUACAGCCUUUGGAAAAGUAAACAGCAUAGCAGUUCACAUAUACACAAAAGUGUAUAGAAUGAGUAUGAUGUGCAAUGCAGUAAGCUGUGCCCUUAUACUUUACUUUUACUUUAUAUUUUACCUUUAAAACUACCCCUUGCCUUAGUACUAUAUUGUCUUUGUGUAUGUCAAAUCCAUAAGUCUGGUUUGGGGGAAAAAAGAAUCCGUUUGAUCACAGGUUCAGGUAAAAUGUUUUUGGAUAUGCCGCAUGCCUUUAUUUUGUAGCAGAAUAUGUAGCACAUGUCCCACCUUAGCACCUCCAAGUGAUCCUAAUGAAUGUAUUGCUUAGCCGUCACUGCUAAUGUAACAGCUUAGACUUGUGUUUUUGGAUGCUCUGUGUUUCUACAAUGUAUCAAAAAACUCCUGCAUAGGGGUGUUGGGGGUGUUAAACCCCUUGCCCUGUAGUGGAUAUGUGUAUUAUAGACUGUGCAUUGUCACUCAUGUUCAUACCGUACUUCAUAAAGCUUUCUUACUUGGCCGCUGGCUGUACUGGCUGUGGUAGAAGGAACAAGCUCUCAAUAAAACUUGUUUUAAUAUUAA